GCGCGAAAGCUGAAACUGUUGUUUUAAAGCUGCAUUUUUUUUUUACGUUUUAUGAAACGAACAAGUUCAUGUGGUCACCCUUUCAUUCGUCAUGUGUGAAAAGAUCAGUGAACAGCUGGCUCAGCGAGGUGUUUGGAGAUCAGCCGGUGCCUCACUUUGAGGUGAACACCAGGACCGUGGACAUCCUGUUCCAGCUGGCUCAGUCCAGUGAAGCCCGGUGCAGAGACACAGCUCUCCUCUCAGAAGACCUCAAACAGAAAGCAUCAGAGUAUCAGGCUGAAGGUGCUCAUAUCCGUGAUGUUCUUCUACAAGGCGUAGGUCUGUCCUGUUCAAACGUCUCAAAGCCCGCUUCUGACUACUUGUCUGCUUUAGUGGACAAUGCCAUGGUGCUUGGAGUCAGAGACACAUCACUGGGAAGCUUCAUGCCAGCUGUAAACAACCUCACCAAUGAACUGCUGGAAGAAGAGAAGUCCAACAGGAGACUUGAGAGGGAACUCAGAGCCCUCAGGAAGAGACUGGGGACCACUCUGGUGCUGCGGAGCAACCUGCAAGAGGAUGUCAACAAAACGAUCAAAUGCCAGUCAGUGGAGAGCGCCAAAGCAGAGGAAAGAAUGCUCAACAUGGAUUUUGUGAGGGCAAAGGCUAAAGAGCUCAGCAGCAGACGGGAGAGGGCAGAGGCUCAGCUGGUAUCCAGGAACAUGAACAAGUCUCUCACCCACCAGGCUAUUGUGCAGCUCUCUGAGGAAGCCACAGCACUGAAACAAGAAAUAAACCCCUUGAAGAACAAACUGAAGCCGUACAUGGACUUAAGCCCGAGCCCAUCUCUUGCUCAAGUGAAAAUAGAAGAAGCAAAAAGAGAAUUGGCUGCAAUUGAUUCCCAACUUCAGAUGAAUAUUGAUUUACAGUGAUGAUGUUUUUAAUGUUAAAGGUUUUACUGUUUUGAGCUGUAGAUGUACUGUGUUUAAAAAAAGAAUAAAGUCAUUGUUUCUACGUCUAUGCUGUGUGCCUCUCUGUAAUGUGUUUCACAAUGUGUCUCAAGCUAAUCACAUGACUGUCUGCCUCUCUUGAAGGUUGUAAGUGAAUAAAGCAACCUCCAUAGACAGGAAAUGUGGUUACUUUGAAGGAAUUGUGCUUUAAUAAAGAACUAUAUUUGGAUGACACA